AUGUGCAUCUACUACAUUGAAACUUGUCUUGAAGGUCACGAAUGUUCUCUCGUUCAUGCCAGGGCUUGUAACUAUGCAAACAAUUGCAGACCGCUCCGAUAUUGUGACAUCGAAGAAGUCAGAAUGGGCAACAUAAGGAAAAGUACGAGCGCGAGAGAGUAUUGUGGACAAACAGAGGCUCAAGAAGAGGCAGCCGAGGCCGCGACUGUGGAUAAUGAGGAAGACGAGGAAGACGAAGUAGAAGAAGAGGUGCCGAUAGCAGUGGUAAAGAAGGCCGAAGCAUACGAGCAGGAGAAUGAGAAGAAGGAGGAAACAGACAAACUAGAUCAAUGUACAGUGACUCAGAGUAAGCGUUCUCAAACUCCAGCCGCAGCAAGACGCGGUAGGAGCACCGGAAGGGGAUUCAAAGGCUCAGUGCCGGCGAAUAAUACCCCAGCAAAACGUGGACGUGUUCAAGAUGAGAAGUCUGAAGAAAAAACGCCCACUGCCAGAAACCAAAGAACAAAUCAGGCAAGAAAGUCAGUGGUCUAA